AUGGAGAACGCUCCCUCCAGUAUCCCCGAGUCGGGAAGUGCCGCGAUGCGGGGCCAGAUGCCUUUACAUCCGCCACCACAACAGCCCGAUCGCAAAGAAAACGCUGCGAUCAACUCAAUGCCAGCUGUCGCGCCAAAAGACUCCUCCUACAUGCAGCAGAUCGCAAACCCCUCGUCGCUAGGUCCCAAUCGAUCCGGAGCGAAUGAAAGUGCAAAUGCGAAAGUCGCGAUCCCCAGACAGCGCUCGACUGUAGCCCCGCGCUACAGUCGCCGUGUGCCGCGAGCAUGUGAAACCUGCCGAGCACGAAAGACGAAAUGCAGCGGUGAUACUCCUAUAUGCAGGCAGUGUAAAGAGCUGAGGGUCACGUGUCGAUAUCCGGUGUCAUGGAGGGAGAAGACAAAAGGGCAGUUGGAUAUAUUGUCGGUCAAGACUCAAGACUAUGAAAAUCUCUUGCGAGAGAUUGGGAGCGUGGCGGAUAGUCGAACUUCGGAGCGUAUCAAGAGCACGCUGGACAAAUAUAAUGGAGAGAGCAAUAGCCAGGAGAGUUCCUCGAAUGAUCCGCAGUCUUCGUUGACGCCCCAGGAGGAAGAAAUGGAGCAGGAUGAACCGCCAUCGUCCCCUUCGUCGAUUGGUUCGCUAGACGCGAUCGAUAGGGUGGAAGAAGAUUUGAAUCGGAGUGAGACCUCGAGGGCUACAGGGUACAUAGGCAAGAAUUCGGAGCUCACCUGGAUGCAGAGGGUACGGCGGGAGGCUGAGCAACGCGUUCGGAAACAGUCAGGAGCAUCGGAUAUGAAGCCUGAGGGUGACUUUGCUGUGCAUGCCGUGAACUAUCACCUAGAUGACAUGGAUAUCACCGUUCCGGGCCCCGUACAAGUGUACUGGAUGCCACCACGCCAUGUGGCGGACCAACUUUUCGAAGACUACUUGACUACAGUUCACCCAUUCUUCCCGAUCAUCAGUCGCACGCUGUUUAGCGCGCAGUAUAGGGUUUUUUUCGAAAGCGCAGCGCGGCCUGGUGACAAAUGGUUGGCCAUUUUGAACAUGAUUUUCGCUAUUGCAUCCAAGCAUGCGCAUCUUACACAGGCACCUUGGCGCGGAGACGAACGUGAUCAUCUUGUGUAUCUGACACGGGCUCGCAUCCUCAGCAUGAAUGGUGAUACGCUUUUCAAUCAUCCUGACCUGCAGCAGGUACAGGUUGAAGGUCUUAUUGCGUUUUAUCUUCUUGCAUCGGAUCAGAUCAACCGAGCGUGGAGAAUUGCGUCUUUGGCUGUUCGAUCUGGUAUUGCUCUCGGGAUCAAUAUGAAGAACACCAGCGAGACGACUCCCGAUAUAUCCAAAGAGGCACGUUAUAAGGUCUGGUGGUGUCUGUAUACGUUCGAGCAUAUGCUUGGGGUCAUGACGGGCAGGUCAACCUGUAUCCUAGAUGGUGUCUGUACGACGCCUAUGCCCCUGCCCUUCGAUGAGGAGCAGCUACGGGAGCCCUUUGCGGCCAAGCUUUUGGCGGAUCAAGAUAUGCGGGAGGCGUAUAUCGGAUCAGCGAUGGCAAGUUCGUAUGUUCGUCAAACGCCCUUGAAUCCACCGGGUGGCAGAGAUGCUCAAGUCACGGACAAGCCACGGGACGCCCGAUGGUUAAAGAGUCAGCCUCCGAGCCGGGCCUUGUGCUAUCUGUUCUACACCGACCUGGCAGUGAUCAGUCAGGAGAUUGUCAAUAGGGUCUACUCGCCAGAUUGCGUCAACACACCGUGGGCCCAUAUUGAGAAUCGUAUUGGGGAGCUUCGAGCGAGAAUCGACCGCUGGUAUCACACUCUUCCCGAGGUGUUUGACUUUGCCCGCAAGAUGGCCGAGGAGGAUCAAGAACUGCUUCGUUUGAAACUUUUCCUCGCGUUUCAGUUCCACAGUGCUCGGAUCACUCUUGGACGACCAUGUCUGUGCCGUCGUGACGCACGCCCGAGAGAUCCGAGCAAAAAGCCGACUUUUAGUCACAGCAUGGCUGAGGUAUCGCUCGAGUCCGCGCUUCGGAUGCUCGAAUUGCUACCCGACGAGCCCAACGCCAUUAAGCUUUAUCAAAUCUGUCCCUGGUGGUGCAUAUUGCACUACUUGAUGCAGGCCGCGACUGUUCUUCUACUCGAGUUAUCCUUCGGCAACAUCCAUAUGCCUGAGGAGGAGCCGCAUUUCUUGGCGGCCGCCAAAAAGGCCGUUCGCUGGCUCUAUGCGAUGUCCGAGUGCAGCGCAGCAUCACGGCGUGCAUGGCAGCUGUGUGAUGGCAAUCUCCGGCGGAUCGCUUGCGGCAUGAACUACGACGUCAGCGACAUGCCCGAGUCUGCCUAUGAGACGAGACCAGCCCAGCCCCUGAGCAUGCAACCCCAGGGCUCCAAUCACCAAAACGCCAAUCUGACAUCCACACCCAUGUUCUAUGAUGCCACGGACGACAGUCUUCUAAAUCCCACUGCCGCCGGCGGGUCCCAGGGAACCUACCAAUACUUCCAGAAUCCGCAUCCAUCUACGGUUUCGCAUUCUCAAAUGAUCCCCAGCCUUGAUCUGCUGUCCUCGGCCAGCAGCAAUCCUCCCGGAGGCGAUGCCUUUUUCCCUUAUGACCCGAUCAGCGGGGAAUUCAUCCGAUCGUUCUUCCCGGCGGCCGCCGACGAGGAACCAUGGACGCAUUAA